UUUUCCUCUCAAGGUCGUAAUAAGUUCGAACUCCGUUUACUACCUUUCCCGUCGCCUUGCUAACUUCUCUCUUUCGUUUUCAACUUUAAGUAUCAUCUGCACAUACUCCGCUUUUCAAAAGCACCCCACACUCUCUUGAAUAACGCUCAUUCUCCACGGUAGAAAGCAAUGUUCAGCAAGGUCGUCAUUUCUCUCGCUCUCGCAGCCUCCGUGCUCGCCAACGUCUUCAUUACCUCCCCCGUGGCAACUACUACAUUUACUGGUGGUCAGCAGGCGACUAUCACCUGGCAGGACGAUGGCCUGACUCCGAAUCUCACCACUUUCGGCGCUGCACUCGUUGGUAUCUACACUGGCAAUGCCAACCAACAGACAUUGCUGCAAACCGUCAGUGCCAGCGUUGACGUGUCAACCACUACAUCAAUCGUUUUCACCCCGGAUGCGACCAUUGGACCCAACAGCAAUGAAUACUUUGUUCGCUUCACGUCACUCAACCUGAAAGAUGCUACGAACUCUCAAUUCCCUGCUGAGGCCUUCUCUGCUAAAUUCACGAUGACUAGCAUGACCGGAACUUUUAACUCUACUGUCCAAGCUGAAAUCAACGGGCAAUCCACAGCACCCAUCGGCGCCACUGCAACUUCAAGCGCUUCGGGAACUAUGAAGACCGUUGCCACGACCUCGGGCUCUGUCUCUGUCUCUGCCUCUGGCACAAAAACAUCCACUUCAGCUUCGUCUACUGCUACCAAGACUGGCGCUGCUGGCAAGGUUGGCGUGACUGGUAUCACGUGCUUCGUUGGCGCUGCUGCAUCUCUCCUGGGGGCAGUCCUUCUGUGAUCAUCUUAUCUUGAUUUGCGUUCUCAUCUUGGCUUAUUUUCGUUCGAUGUUUCAUGGCAUCAUUUGGACAAAGAUGGACUCGCGUGCUUUGAUUUGAUGCUCUUUACGAAGUUUUUUUGUGGAUAUAGCGUGGCAGUAGAGUAUUCUUACAACGGGAAAUGGAACACUAAUUUCAAUUGCUAAU